AUGCCUUUACAAGUUAGAGAGGGUAAAAAUAACGAGGGUUAUGCUAGCCUCACUCCCUUGGGUUGGUGCGCUCAUGGGAAGGUGUACGUGCCGCAGGGUGUCCGCCCGCCCACGCAGGUCGAGUCUAACCUUUUUAUUUCAGAGUCGGAGCACACGACGGAUACCUCAGAGGGUCUCGAUCUGUUAAGGCGGAUCCACGAGGAGGUCCGCCUGUCAUUCAAGUUGGACACGUUGGGCGUGACGUGCGCGCCGCGGCAGAAUGCGCAGGACGCGCGCGCGGUGGUGCAGCUGCAGCAGUCCGCUGAGCUGCGCGCCGGCCGCUGGCACGUCGGCCUGCCCUGGAAGGAGGACCACCCAUCCAUGCCUGACUCGUAUCCUAGCGCUCUUAAAAGGAUGAAAGGUAUCGAAAAGAAAAUGACUAAAGACUCUGGUUUUGCUGAAAGGUAUCGGGAGCGCGUGGCUCACUUACUUCAAAAUGAUUACGCAUCUGAACUGUCAGAUACUCAGAUUACAGAUGACUACAUAGACAGUUUUGCAGACGAAGCCUCGGCCAUCAAAAUGGUAAGAAAUAUAAAUUCUAUUCACAGUGCCGGCGGUUUCGAGAUGAGAAACUGGACUAGCAACAGUGUCUCAGUUUUAAAUAGUCUGCCAAAUCAAACCUUAGGGACAGCGGCCGUAAGGUUUAAAGUCGAUCAGCAGCAACAAGGUGAGCGUACUCUCGGGCUAAUAUGGUACCCAGCCGAUGAUAAGUUGACAUUCGACUUAUCAUUAAAACGGAUUCCCGAAAGUAUUGUCAACGGUGAUGAGCGUCCUACAAAGCGUCUUAUGCUUAGGGUAAUAAUGUCUAUUUUCGACAUUUUAGGAUUCUUAUCUCCUUUUACCAUUCAGGGUCGAAUAAUGCUACAGGAUACCUGGCGGUUAAAUAUAGACUGGAAUGAUUACAUUCCGGAUGCUAUUUACAACAAGUGGCGAAAAUGGAUUGACCUACUUAAGGUAAUUAGCGACAUACGUAUACCAAGGUGCUAUCAAUCAGCUGUUCGCAAUCACAGCCGCGGAGAUGCCGAGUCUCCAUCUGUGCGAGUAAGCGAGACAGCAGAUCACCGGAGCGCAGCAUCUGCUGGUACCCCGAGCGCGACGUUGCCGCUAUCGACGUACGCGCCUGGCAACGGUGCGCCUACGUCAUGCGCUACGAAGGCCUACGAAUCCGUAGCAGGAGCUACAAGCGCUACGCGCACGGCAAAGGUAGGUUAUAACAACUUACAAUUGCAUGUUUUUUGUGAUAGUAGUACUCGGGCUAUGUGUACUGUAGCUUAUUGGCGUUGGCAGAUAAAUGGUAGUAUUAAAGUUGCCUUUAUUGCCAGUAAAUGUAAGGUUAUGCCUGUAAAGCCAUUGACAAUACCUAAGGCCGAGUUACAAGCUGCACUAUUAGCCGCAAGGCUGGCUAAUACGAUAGGUAAGGAGCACAAGAUAGUUCCCGAGCGGCGUUACUUUUGGUGCGACAGUUCGACUGUCUUGCACUGGGUGCGUAACAAUAUGCGCUCAUAUAAAACGUUCGAAGCGAACCGGUUGGGCGAGAUCGAUGAGUUAUCCCGCGUAGACGAGUGGAAUUAUAUACCUACAAAGCUAAAUGUAGCGGAUUUAGCUACGCGGGAGAGUUUCGAUCACGCUCAACUAGAUAAAUGGUUCGCGGGUCCGAAUUUUUUAUAUGAAGACGUAUCCUUGUGGCCAAAAGAUGUGAUUUUGUCACAGUCAGACGCCGCGUCGCCUGAAUGUGUUGCUGUCGUACAUGAGGGUUCAAUUGGACUGGCUAUACCGGACCCAUUGCGGUUUUCUUCUUGGCUACGCUUGAAGCGGGCCACAGCUACGGUACUAGCGUUUAUCGACAGAUGUAAAGGUAUUCAUGGUCAAGUCGACUGCGGCACUAUUUUAAUUUUUUAA